GAAUGGUGGGACUGACCAGCCAGCUGCGUUGUGUCAGAUUCUCGUACUGUGAGCCAGAGAUGAGUAUAUGUUUGCAGAGGCAGAGUUUCGCCGUUGACACGCAUAUUCACCUUAUCACCGGGUUGUGGGGAUGGAGACCGAAGGACGCAUCUCGUGAGAAGGCGCAGGCUCAUCUGGACGCGAUGAUCCCGGUGGAGCUCAAGUUCGCGCUGCACUACCUUUUUAUCGUUCAUGGCAGGGAAUGUCCGCAAUGUUGUGGAAACGCAAAUGCGAAGGCCUUGUGUGAGUUUAAACAAGAAGUCAAGAAAAUUGAGGCCAGGGGAGUGUGAAGAGCAGAAGACUUCACGCAGAAAUCUUGUAUGGAACUGGUCUGCAUGGCCGACUCGAGUGAGCGC